AUGCAGAAAGAAGCGACUAUUCAGGGUAGGGGCCCAAACCCAGUUGACACCACUGGCCUAUGCCUACUGUCCCUUGAUGGCGGAGGUGUGCGAGGCCUCUCAUCACUCUACAUCCUAAAGAGUAUUAUGGACCAACUCAACCAUGCUCGGGCCCGGGUCGAGCUCCCUCCUGUGAAGCCGUGCGAAGUGUUCGACCUUAUUGGGGGCACAAGCACCGGUGGGCUUAUUGCGAUCAUGCUCGGCCGGCUCGGGAUGGAUGUCGAUAGCUGUAUUGCCGCUUAUAGCGAUCUCGCAGCAGCAGUGUUUGGUGAGAAGCUGCGCUCAAUUCCCAUGAACUUCAAAUGGGAUAUCAAAGCCAAGUUCGACUCGGAGAAGUUGGAGCGCGCGAUCCAAAAGGUUAUUGAGGACAGUGGUGCUUCCAAUCAGGAUCCUUUCAACGACGGCACUGGACUGAGAGAUGGUACUGCGCGCGGAUGCAGAACUUUCGUUUGCUCCGCCGACCGCUAUACAAAGGACAUAGUUCGCCUGCGAAGCUACAGCCUCCCGCAUGAGCCAAACAUCAGCACAACCAUAUGCCAAGCCGCCCUUGCAACAUCUGCCGCCUCAACCUUUUUUGAACCAGUUAGCAUCGGGGAUCGAUCAUUUGCUGAUGGUGGACUGGGCGCGAAUAACCCUGUGGACGAAGUGGAGGGCGAGGCGUCGAACAUAUGGUGCUCUGAGACGGGAGACUUGAAACCACUAGUCAAAUGCUUCAUCUCGAUCGGAACAGGAAAUCCAGGCAAGAAGCCGUUCAAGGAUAAUAUGGUCACGUUUCUCGGGCAGACAGUCGUACAGAUCGCAACCGAGACAGAGAACACGGAGAAAAGAUUCAUAGCGAGGUGGGCCAAGCAUUAUGAUGAGAAGCGGUACUUCCGGUUUAAUGUCGAUCAGGGGCUGCAGGAGAUUGGGCUUGAGGAGUACAAGAAGAAGGGACCGAUGGAGGCGGCGACGGAGGGAUAUCUCACGCAUAUAGCACAAAAGUUUCGUGUGCGGGACUGCAUUCAGAACAUGAGACUCAAAGAAAACAAAACCGAGGACUGUUUCGCCACUAUCAUAGAAGAAUAUAAAAUCCGCACUAUUCGACAACAGCCAGUUGAUCGCUUCUAUGUCCCUCUAGACCUUACCGCAGUGCCUGUGAUUGCAAAUUUCGUGGGACGGCAAGACGUGCUAGACAAUCUGUGGCAGUAUUUACAGCCGACAGAUCCACCGUCACAGAAAGUUGCAAUUCUUCAUGGGCUUGGCGGAAUGGGAAAGACGCAGCUAGCGAUUCGCUUCGCGCGAGAUCAUAGAGAUGAUUUUACGGCGAUCUUCUGGCUCAGUGGCAAGGAUCGCGAUGCGCUCUUGCAAUCGUUGAGCUUUGCCUUGAACCGAUUACCAGGACAGGUUUCGGAUAGCGAGACGAGUCAUGAUACAGAUGUGGAGCAACAAGCCAGACAUAUGUUACGAUGGCUAGCAUUGGAUGGCAACUCGCGCUGGCUAAUCAUUUUUGACAACAUCGAUCAAUACUCCCCCUUCAACAGCGCUGUUGGUGAUAGAUAUGACAUUGGAGAAUUUUUCCCUAAAGCAGACCAUGGCUCCAUCCUUAUCACUUCUCGACUUCAAGGGCUGACUGAGCUAGGGGAGCCUUUCCUGGUGCAAGGGCUUGACUCUCAUAACUCAGUUCAACUACUCCUGCAAAGCAGUGGUCUAUUAGCAAGGAGCACCACUAGCAAACUUGAAAGCAAUCCAGAUAUCCUUACUCUUGCCAAUCGUUUGGAUGGACUACCUUUAGCUAUUGUUAUCGCCGGGGCGUUUAUGCGUGAGACUGGAACCAGUAUCACUGAGUACUUGCAGUACUACCAAGAAUCUUGGUCUGAGCUACAGCUGCAAUCGAAUCCUGGUCGUCAGUACCAGCAAGGCAAUAUGCUGCAAACAUGGAUGAUCUCAUAUCUUGAGAUCCAGAAGCGUGACCCGAGCGCAGCAGACCUUCUAUUGCUACUUGCUCAUUUUGAUAAUCGUGAUAUUUGGUACGACUUAAUGAAGAGUGGCCGUCACAGCUCGAACGUCCCGGACUGGCUCAAAAAUGCUAUAUCAAGCGGACUCGCUUUCAAAAUUGGUGUGAAGACUCUCAUCGGAUUCUCUCUUCUUGAGAGUAAGCAACAAGGAGGAAACUAUGCGAUGCAUCCAGUGGUACAAGACUGGUGCCUUCAUAUUGCUAGCACAAACGAAAAUGUGAAUUCGAUGCAGCUUAAUGAACUAGCACUGAUAUCCGUUGGGUACACUGUCCCUAAUUCGAGUGACAGAAAUUAUUCCAGGCUUCAGCAACGGCUUAUUCCACACGCCAAUUAUGUACGUCAUCGAGAUUGGUCAGGUGACAAUAUUGCGUUAUGGGGAGCAUUCCAUGGUUUAGGGCGUCUCUAUAUAGACCAGGGCAAGCUGAAGGACGCAGAGGAGAUGUACCAGCGAGCACUAGCAGGCCGUGAGAAGGCCCUAGGUCCAGAUCAUACGUCCACUCUCGGUACAGUUAACAACCUUGGCAAUCUCUACAAGGCUCAGGGCAAGCUGAAGGAGGCAGAAGAGAUGUACCAGCGAGCACUGGCAGGAUAUGAGAAGGCCCUAGAUCCUGAUCAUACAUCUACUCUCGAUACAGUCAACAACCUUGGCCUUCUCUACAAGGCUCAGGGUAAGCUGAAGGACGCAGAGGAGAUAUACCAGCGAGUACUAGCAGGCCGUGAGAAGGCCCUAGGUCCAGAUCAUACGUCCACUCUCGGUACAGUUAACAACCUUGGCAAUCUCUACAAGGCUCAGGGCAAGCUAAAGGAGGCAGAAGAGAUGUACCAGCGAGCACUGGCAGGAUAUAAGAAGGCCCUAGAUCCUGAUCAUACAUCUACUCUCGAUACAGUCAACAACCUUGGCCUUCUCUACAAGGCUCAGGGUAAGCUAAAGGACGCAGAGGAGAUGUACCAGCGAGCACUAGCAGGCCGUGAGAAGGCCCUAGGUCCAGAUCAUACGUCCACUCUCGGUACAGUUAACAACCUUGGCAAUCUCUACAAGGCUCAGGGCAAGCUGAAGGAGGCAGAAGAGAUGUACCAGCGAGCACUGGCAGGAUAUGAGAAGGCCCUAGAUCCUGAUCAUACAUCUACUCUUAUAACAGUCAACAACCUUGGCAAUCUCUACUCUAAUCAGGGCAAGCUGAAGGACGCAGAGGAGAUGUACCAGCGAGCACUAGCAGGCCGUGAGAAGGCCCUAGGUCCAGAUCAUACGUCCACUCUCGGUACAGUCAACAACCUUGGCCUUCUCUAUAAGGCUCAGGGCAAGCUGAAGGAGGCAGAAGAGAUGUACCAGCGAGCACUAGCAGGAUAUGAGAAGGCCCUAGAUCCUGAUCAUACAUCUACUCUUAUAAUAGUCAACAACCUUGGCAAUCUCUACUCUGAUCAGGGCAAGCUGAAGGACGCAGAAGAGAUGUACCAGCGAGCACUGGCAGGAUAUGAGAAGGCCCUAGAUCCUGAUCAUACAUCUACUCUCGAUACAGUCAACAACCUUGGCCUUCUCUACAAGGCUCAGGGCAAGCUGAAGGAGGCAGAAGAGAUGUACCAGCGAGCACUGGCAGGAUAUGAGAAGGCCCUAGAUCCUGAUCAUACAUCUACUCUUAUAACAGUCAACAACCUUGGCAAUCUCUACUCUGAUCAGGGCAAGCUGAAGGACGCAGAGGAGAUGUACCAGCGAGCACUAGCAGGCCGUGAGAAGGCCCUAGGUCCAGAUCAUACGUCCACUCUCGGUACAGUCAACAACCUUGGCCUUCUCUAUAAGGCUCAGGGCAAGCUAAAGGAGGCAGAAGAGAUGUACCAGCGAGCACUGGCAGGAUAUGAGAAGGCCCUAGAUCCUGAUCAUACAUCUACUCUCGAUACAGCAGAAGAGAUGUACCAGCGAGCACUAGCAGGAUAUGAGAAGGCCCUAGGUCCUGAUCAUACAUCUACUCUUAUAACAGUCAACAACCUUGGCAAUCUCUACUCUGGUCAGGGCAAGCUGAAGGAGGCAGAAGAGAUGUACCAGCGAGCACUGGCAGGAUACGAGGAGGCCCUGGGUCCAGAUCAUGCAUGA